UUUGAAGAAAAUGAAUAUAAUUUGUAUAGGUGUAAAAGUGGAAAGGGUGGAAAUUAAAGACAUUCGACUUCCUCAACAAUUAAUGAAGUCAAUGGCCGCUGAGGCAGAAGCAGCUCGCGAUGCACGUGCUAAAAUUAUAGCUGCAGAUGGUGAACGAAGUGCAAGCCGACAAUUAGUCCAAGCAGCAGAUAUUGUAUGUGGCAAUAAAGUUUCUCUUCACUUGCGAUACCUACAAACGCUAAUCAGAAUUUCUUCUCAACAUAACCAUACUUAUGUAAAACUUAACCUUAAAAUUGACUAA